GGCGUCGCAUCACUGGUGUAAAUCGUGGAGUGGGCGUGGCCAAACCUCAGUAUAUAUAAGACUGUUGUUCUCGUCUAGUCAUCGUAGUUACUGAGAUAUCUGAGGCUUGAACGCAGCUAGAAUUUCAUCUCCGUUUCCCAAGGUGCAAUGGCAAAGCGUGUAGCAGUGAUCCUUGCUGGUUGUGGAGUCUAUGAUGGAACUGAGAUCCACGAGGCUUCUGCCGUACUUGUACAUCUUAGCCGGGCUGGUGCCAAGGUUCAGAUGUUCGCUCCUAAUGCUGAGAUGAUGCAUGUUGUGAACCACUGUGAAGGAAAGCCAGUGGCAGAAAAGCGCAACGUGAUGGAGGAAAGUGCCCGCAUUGCUCGAGGAGACAUCACUGACCUGGCCAAGCUAGAUGUUGCUAAUUAUGAUGCUGUCAUAAUUCCUGGAGGCUUUGGAGCAGCUAAGAAUCUCAGUGACUGGGCCACCAAGGGCAAAGAUUUCUCAGUGAAGCCCCUGGUCGAGAAGGUUAUCAAGAACUUCAACCAGGCAGGAAAGCCUCUUGGCAUGUGCUGUAUUUCUCCAGUACUUGCAGCAAAGGUUAUUCCUGGCUGUGAACUUACUGUUGGCCAUGAUUCAGAGUGUGAAAAAUGGCCAUAUGCUGGAACAGCUAAGACGUUGGUGGAGCUGGGCUCUAAGCAUGUUAAUAAAAAUGUUGGAGAAGUACAUGUCGAUAAGAAGCAUAAACUAGUAACUACAUCUGCCUUUAUGUGCAAUGCCCCAUUACAUGAGGUUUUUGAUGGACUAGGCGUUAUGGUAACGGAGGUUCUUAAACUUGCCUGAUUUGGUAAUUUUUAUGCACUGGAUUUCAAGCAAUUACUGAAUGUAAUUCUUUCAGUUUGGAAAAACUGAAGGUAAAAUGUUUUGUGAUAAAAAUAUCAAUAAAGUCUGUGAGAUAA